CGUUAAAUCAUGAAAUAUGUAAUGGUCUACCAAGAUUGGCAUGUAACCGGGCGGUCUUGCACUACACGUGUUUCACUAGUUCAAAAAAGACCAUCUGUACUACAAGAACUCCAUCGAAUCCAACUGCCAGGCUAUGCCUCAGAAUGCCCUAGAUUUGACCGUCGAAGGCCCCCUCAAGGCUCGAGCACGCCCUUUUCCAGCACAAAAGUCAGCCUUCGGUGGCGUGAUGUACUCUAUCUCCCGGUUUCGUUUGAAAUGUACACUUCUAUACCGUAGUAACUCUGCGAACGUUCUAGGCUCCUGGUCUCUAUUUUCGUUUUUCUUUAUGUCCCAUAAGGUUCUUGGUGCCUUGGUCGAGGUUAUCUCUGCAGUAUGGGUGACUUUUUGUAUAGUCGAUGUGGUUAAGAUUGUGUACAAUAUAAGCUUCGAGAAGCUAGUCUUCCUUGACCUAGUUCGAGGCGUUAUUGGGAGAGUCUAGAACGUUAUCUAGGACGCGAAUUGCCUAUUCUGGACCGCAGAGACGAGCCCAGUCUAUGAUAUUGCGCUGGCCCCAGCUUGGAACGUUGUUGAGGCUAG